UUCUGCAAAGCCACCCCUUUCUUUCUUAAACCAAGAACACUGUCUUUCGGCAAAAAGUUGUAAAUGCUCCUGGGUAAGAGUCUCACUUUUACACAUCUUGUUCCAUCUGAUUGUUUUUAUUUAACUGAAAAUUGUAAAUAUGAACUGGUGGUGUCCAUUUCCUGUAAGCAGCCUUGUUGUAGAUACCAACACCUUUGUAAAUUGACAGAGUUAGCACAUAUACAUAAAAAUGCAGAACCGGAAAAAAAUACCAAAACCACAAACCAUUUUUCUUUGAUCAGUUUCCUUUGAAAUGUUUCACAGCCCUCAAGGCACUCAUUUCUUAAUCUGCUGCCUGUGAGACAACAUCGGCGACAAAAUGCUAUGCAACUUCAACGGGACUCUGCUGAUCAGUGUGCUACCUCCACUGCUGGUGUCAGAGUUUGUUUCGGGAGUUUUAGGAAAUGGUCUGGCUCUGUGGAUCUUCUGCUUCCACCUGAAGCCCUGGAAAAGCAGCACAGUGCUACUCUUCAACCUGGCUGUGGCUGAUUUUUUGCUCUGCAUGGCUCUGCCGUUCAGGGCCAGCUACUACAGCUCUGGGAUCAAAUGGAAGUUUGGUGGUGCUAUGUGCAACAUCUGCCUCUUCUUGCUGGCAACGAACCGCAGCGGGAGCACUGUCUUCUUGAUGGCCAUCGCUGUGGACAGAUACAUGCGUGUGUUGCAUCCUCAUCAUGCCAUCAACUCUCUGAGUGUCUCCAAAGCCAUGUGUGGAGCUCUGGCACUGUGGCUGCUCACUUUCUCCAUGACAGCUCAUGUCUUCUCUUUGCAGCACAUUAACACAACAUACUGUGAGAGCUUCAUGGUGUCCACUGAACCCAUCCGCAAUCUGAGCUGGCAUAAGUUUGAGUUCAUCUUUUCCUUCUACAUGCCUCUGCUUGUGAUUCUUUACUGCACAGUCCACAUCAUCGUCCACCUGAGAGGGAGGCAGAUAGCUCAGCAUGCAAAGAUUAGGAAGGCUCUGUGUUUCAUCACAGUGGUGGCGGUCCUUUUCAUCGUCUGCUUCCUGCCGAGCAACAUCAUGCAGCUGCUGAUUUGGAUCAAAACCCACCAAGUAGCCACCACCCUGCAGGAAUCCGAGGCCUGUCCGGCCCUGGAAGACCUGACCACAGCUUUUUACAUCAGUAUCAGCCUGACAUAUCUCAACAGUGCACUGGAUCCUGUGGUCUAUUACUUCUCCAGCCCUACCUUUAAGAACAUCUGCAGGAAAGCUCUCCAUCUGCCCCAAGCAGGCACCACUGAGAGUACAGAGAGGAAAACCAGAGAGACGGGCUCCCAGUCUCUCAGCAAGCUGUGAUCACAGAGACAAUAUCAGGAACUGACAGAGAUGGAGGACGCUAUUUUGCUAAAACAUAAACUCCUGAACUUUUGCAUGUGAGCUCUGCAAUCAGAAAUAGUUAAGUUACUUUUCUGCUUCUUUUUUACAUCAGCUAUCAAGUGAAUAUUGACUACGCUUAAAAUAAUUUAACGUCCUUUGCAAAGCAAAUGCUGCUUUUCUUUUGAAUUCUCUAUACAGUCACUUCCCCUUUUGACUUUCAUAUUUAUUGUGAAAAACAGGGUUGUACUUUGUAAAGUUCUUCACUUUGAUGUUUAAAACUUUCUUGUGGCAUCUCAAGAUGUUUAUUUUGUGAUAGCACAUUUUUAGAUGACUUUUUGAAGCACUCUUUGUGAAGAACCUACGCUUUGUAAAGUUGUGAAAAACGUUUCUAAUUAAAAUCCUUAU